UUGACAUGGCAAUGACCAACUCUUCUUCCAAACAACAUAAGACUGCUCGUCAACGUUUGCCUUUGGAAGGAAUAUUAUAUGAUCAACUGAGUUUAGCAAACUUUGUAGAUGUCGAAAGUCACGCAUUAUGUUUCUAUUUAAGAAGAACUUGGAAUACUGACUUCUUUACCAAGUUUUUUGAUUGCCAGUUACCAAGUAAAGUUUCUAUAGGCUAUAAGUUGUUGAAGCUUUCCCAUCUUUCAAGACUCGAAUAUCAACCAAAGGGUAAAAUUUCGUUAUCUACCCAACUAGUUGACUUGGGUGGUGGCGAGAAAAGAACCAAGGGUGCGCUUAUGUGGAAAGCACUGGCAAACACAGAAGGACACACUUCUCAUGGAUUCCAAAUAGACCGUUUAAUAGCUUUAGGCCAAUUUCACGACACUCGUUUAUACGGCAAUGUGGAUAUUCGUAAGACCAAUGCUUGUCCACAGUGGCAAACAUCAAGUUCGUUUGGAAUAGAUCAAAGAGUACGGUUAUUUGGGACUGUUUUGGGUUUUCGUGUUGGGGCUACACCAGAAGGUCAACUUGUGAGUGAACUGAAACUAUAAAUUUUUGUGAAUUGCAUACAACGUCGAUGAUAGUUUUGAUUUUUG